AUGGCUACUGAACUUGACCGUGAUGCCAUCUCCCGUAUGACCGAAAAUGUCACCGGGGAGAUCAAAAACCCUCUGGAGGGUCUACCUCGGGAGGUGCUCAUGGCCAACGUGGAGGCCUACGCCAGCGAACAUGACUUGACCGACAUCCUGCCCCUGCUCAAGAAAGGGGCUUUAAUCGGUCAAAAGCCAAGCGAGGUGCAUGGCAUCCCCGAGAUCAGCCAGGAAGAGGGACAAGUCCUCUGCGAAGAGGUCACCCGCCGCUGGCAUCAUCCACGGGCGAUGUACUACCUCGUCAUCCUCAACUCGAUCUCAGCCGCUAUUCAGGGCUGGGAUCAGAUCGGAUCCAACGGGGCGAAUUUGACCUUCGACAAGCAAUUCGGCAUUCCUACCGAUCCCAAGGACUGUCUCGAUCAUGCGACUUGCACUCGCAACCAGUGGAUCGUAGGAUUCGUCAAUGCGGUGCCCUACAUCACGAUCUGUCUCUUGGCUUGCUGGAUUGCUGACCCCCUCAACCACCGCAUCGGUCGAAAGGGAACCAUCUUCUUGGGAGCUCUCUUCAGUUUAGCGGCCCCGAUUCUCCAGGCUUUGUCUCAAAAUUGGGGUCAAAUCACGGGUGCUCGUGUGCUCCUUGGGAUCGGCAUGGGUAUCAAGGAAGUCACUGUCCCAGUCUAUUCCGCCGAGAGUGUGCCAACCAACAUUCGAGGAGGUUUGGUUAUGGGAUGGCAGAUCUGGACAGCCUUCGGCAUUUUCAUGGGCACACUCGCCAACCUCGCUGUGGCCAAUAUUGGCAAUAUUGCCUGGCGUCUGCAGCUUGGUUCUGCCUUUAUCCCUGCUGUUCCCUUGGUUGUUGGCAUUUGGUUUUGCCCAGAGUCCCCCCGGUGGUUGAUGACCAAAGGCAAACAUCGCCAGGCAUUUGAAUCUCUGGUCCGGCUCCGCAACACUCGGUUGCAGGCGGCUCGGGACCUGUACAUGAUUCAUGCCACGAUGGUAGAGGAACGGAAGAUGCUGGCGGCAUCCGGAUUCGCGAAGUCUAACAACGUAUUUGUUCGAUUCGUUGAGCUCUUCACUGUCCCUCGGCUGCGGCGUGCUGUGCAAGCCUCGGGUGUUGUGAUGAUUGCGCAACAGAUGUGUGGCAUUAACAUCAUCUCUUUCUACUCGUCCACUAUUUUCUCUCUCGCGGGUGCAGACAAUAUCCAUGCUCUUCUGGCAUCGUUCGGCUUUGGCUUAAUUAAUUUCGUUUUUGCCUGGCCGGCUGUGUGGACGAUCGAUACCUAUGGCCGACGAACACUGUUGCUUUUCACCUUCCCGAACAUGUGCUGGACUCUCCUGUGUGCAGGAUUCUGUUUCUGGAUCCGAGGUAAAACUGUCCAGCUGGCUUCGAUUGCCCUUUUCAUCUACCUCUUUGACGCGUGCUACUCGCCGGGUGAAGGUCCUGUUCCUUUCACGUACUCCGCAGAGGUAUUCCCACUCUCUCAUCGCGAGAUUGGCAUGGCUUGGGCUGUCGCCACGAACAAUUUCUGGGCGUCAAUUUUGUCGUUGACAGCCCCGUACAUGCUCCGGGCCUUCAAACCUCAAGGAGCAUUCGGUUUCUACGCCGGGUUGAAUCUCAUCGCAUUCUGCCUUAUUUUCCUUUUCAUGCCGGAGACAAAGAUGCUUUCUCUGGAAGAGCUCGAUAACGUUUUUGGCGUGCCGACCCGCACCCACGCCAAAUACCAACUCACCAAAGUCCUUCCAUGGUGGAUCCGGCGAUACAUCUUCCGUCGGAAAGAUGCCGUCUGUCCUGAGCUGUACCACCCGGCCCAAGCGAUUGAGCUGCAAGAGAAUGUGGGCCAGGAUGUUGGUAGUGUCAAAGCCGGAGCCGGUGCGAUGAGCACGGAGGUUUCUGCUUGA